AUGUCGACCAUGGAUCUGGACGACGCUGUCCAGGUCGGCAACGCCCCCAAGACAGUUGCCACUAUUCUCUGCUACAACUGUGGUACCCCAAUCGACGGCACCACUGCGGCGGGCGCCAUCUGCCACGAGUGCAUCAAGCUCACCGUCGAUAUUUCCAAGAACAUCCCCCGCGAGGCCAACAUCCAGUUCUGCCGCGACUGCAACCGCUGGAUGAUCCCCCCCAACCAAUGGGUUUCCGCCGAGCCCGAGUCGCGUGAGAUGCUGGCCAUGUGCCUCAAGCGCCUGCGCGGCAUCAACAAGGUCCGGGUUGUCGACGCCCGCUUCAUCUGGACCGAGCCCAACUCGCGUCGCGUGCGCGUCGAGAUCACCGUGCAGGACGCCAUUGCCGACGGCGUGCUGCUCAACCAGAGCUUUGAGGUCAUGUACGUUGUCAGCACGCAUCAGUGCCCCGACUGCGCCAAGUCCUACACCCACAACGUCUGGCGCGCCACCGUCCAGGUCCGGCAAAAGGUGACACACAAGCGGACGUUCCUUUUCCUGGAGCAGCUGAUGCUCAAGCACGGCGCGCACCGCGAGGCGCUCAACAUCUCCGAGGCCAAGGAGGGUCUGGACUUUUUCUUUGCCCACCGCAACCAAGCCGUCAAGUUUGUCGACUUUUUAAAGUCGGUCGUGCCCAUUCACAUGACGUACUCGCCCGAGCUGAUUUCCGAAGACAUACACUCUGGCACGCGCUCGAUGAAGUUUGCCUACUCCAUUGAAAUCGUGCCCAUCUGCAAGGACGAUCUGGUCGCCCUGCCGCUCAACAUGGCCAAGAAGAUUGGCGGCAUCAGCCCGAUUGCCCUGUGCUACCGCAUCGGCACGGCUGUCAACCUGCUCGACCCCGCUACCCUGCAGACGGCCGAGAUCUCGGCCCCCGUCUACUGGCGCGAAAAGUUUCCCAUUGCGCCGCUUGCCGACGUCAAGGAACUGGUCGAGUUUGUCGUGCUGGACAUUGAGCCUACGGGGCCCCGCAAGGGCCGCUGGCUGCCGGCGGAGGCCACUGUGGCGCGCGCGUCCGACAUGGGCAGCAACGACACCACCUACUUUACGCGCACGCACCUGGGCGGUCUGCUGAAGCCCGGCGACUCCGCCAUGGGCUACCUGCUGCAGGGCAGCAACUUCAACAACCCGCAGUUUGACGAGAUUGAAAAGUCGCACGCGUACAGCGCGACCGUGCCCGAGGUCGUGCUCGUCAAGAAGCACUACCCGAACCGCCGCAAGAACAAGCACCGCAACUGGAAGCUUAAGCGCAUGGCCAAGCAGGAGAGCGAGCUGCUGCCCAAGAAAGCCGACCAGGCACGCAUGGAGAACGAAUACGAGAUGUUCUUGCAGGACGUCGAGGAGGACGAGGAGCUGCGCGCCGCGCUGGCCCUGUACAAGAACCCCAGCCAGAAGGCCGCCCUGGCCGCCGAGCGGAGGAAACAGAUGGAGGCAUCCGGCAGCAUGGAUGUCGAGGAGGGCCAGGGGGAGGACGAGGGGGAAGAGGACGAGGACGAAGACGAAGACGACGAUGGUCCGCGGGUCAACUUGGACGAGUUGCUGGACGAUCUCGACGAUCUGGACAUCAACGACGAAGGGGGGGAGGAGUAG